CGCGCAGAUCUGACGUCACUUCCUGUCAAGUCCUGGUAGGGGACUGCGGCCCCCGCCAAAAAGGAUCCAACAUAAUCGGACAUGAUGGUGUCAGAGAAAGAGCAAAGAGGUAUCCGCAGGUUUUUGCGUGAUCAACUGCGUGAUGAGCCAGACCUCAGCACACUGACCUUGAGAAUAUUGAAAAAGCGAUACCUGGCACAUGUGCAAUGUGACUCAUUAAGUCCAGAGGUCAAACAUUUUAUAAAGCGGGUGGUUGAAGAGGAACUGGUAAAAAUGCAGGAAAAUGAAAGUGAGCUUGAGACCAAGAAGUCCCAAAACAAAAGGAAGAGAGAAGAUGAAGAUGAAUCCACGACAAAAAAGCCCCGUCGUCAGUUGAGCCCAUCGUCAGAAUCAGAGGACAAAACGGACAGCAAAACAGGAAGUGAUGAGAGUGAGGGGCAAGAGAAAAUUAAAUCUGAAUCUGAGGAUGAAGAGCAAGAGGUUCAGAAACCACAGCGCACAACAAAAGGGAAAAUGAAACAGGAGAAAAGCAGUGAGGAAUCAUCUGAUGAGGAAAUGGAUGAGUCAGAAAAAAAAGGCAAAGAGAGUAGCUGUGAUGACAGUCCAAAAGAAAAGGCGAUAAAGAAAACGGAUGCAACAAAGAAUGGAGAGUCGACAAGCAGCGAUGAAAGCGAAGGAAGCAAAACACCUCAGAGUGAUGAAGAGAAGGAAUCUGACACGGGGGGCGAGUCAGAAAAGAGCAAAAAAAUGAAAAGCAAAGAUCCCUCAGAUGACAUUGAAGAAGAAGAAAAGGUCUUGGUGGAAAAGAAAAAUAAGGAUUCAGACUCUGAUUCAUCAUCACUCACCUCAUUGGACGAGAAACAGAAUAAUGGAAAAGAAAAUACACCAGCUGAUAAAAAGAAGAAAACCACAAAGAAAGAGGAGAAAAAAGAGAAGAGCGCUAGCAGUCAAAAGGAGGACAAUACAUCCGUUGUGAGGCUCAAGCGCUACAUCACUCUCUGUGGCGUCAGGCUGAAUUACAAGAAAGUGCUCGAGGGCUGUCACUCGGUCCGCUCCCAGGUCGCUGUUCUGAAGAAGCAGCUUGAAGAUCUUGGUGUUGAUGGUCAGCCAUCUAUCAAGAAAUGCAGGAAAAUCAAAAUGAAAAGAGAGGAAACUCGGGAACUAGCUGAUCUCGAUGUCAGCAACAUCCUUGCCACAGAAGGUCGACCUAAACGCAGAGGAACCUAUGCAUGGAAGGAACAACAGAACUCUCCGUCCUCCACAUAUCGGCACACUCUGAACUCCAGUUCUGAUAGUGAUGAAGAAAACAAACCAAACAGAGUGCCCAGGAGAGCCACAGACUGGGCCAACCUGCAGGGGAUCAUCAGUGAUGAAUCAGACAGCAACUGAUGGGGGGGAUUUAAUUGUGUUAAAUAUGGAUAUUUAUUUUUGUCAUGUUUUUUGUAAAAGUUUGCUUUACAUUUUUUUUUUAUAUACUAUUACACAUGUAUUUGUUAAACCUUUUGCAAAAAUAAGAAUUAAUAAAAAUGAAAAUAUUACGUAAAGUGUUUUAUAAUACCA